CCUCUUUGAAAAAUUUUGGGUGCUUGUUUUCCAUCCUUAGUCUUCCUAAACCCUAGCUUUUUGUGUCUUUCUCCUCUUCUCACACGAUCUCUUCAUGUUCCCUCUCCUCACACAAUCUCCUCUUCACGAUCUCCUCAUACGAUCUUCUCCUCUCCUCACAUGUUUUUGCCUUCCAUCCCUCUUGACGAACUACACUCCUUAGAGCUCCUCUCCCCAAAGUGAUAGUUGUUUCCCUAGAACUGCAGUACUUUUGUUUGUAUAUCAAAAUGUUGAGCGUUUGUAUCUACCGAAAGAAGAGGAGGGAGAGGGCGUAGCACGCUCCUCGGCAGCCAUCGACUUGCCCCCACGCUGGAGGCUUGGGUUUGGAGGCAUGGGGAACUCUCUCGAGUGCUCGGCCUCUAGCGAGAGAUUGGUGUCUGUGGCUCGGGAUGGUGAUCUAAUCGAAGCCUGCAUGUUGCUGGAGUUCAACCUUGGACUCGUCAAGUACUCCACCUUCCGUGGCCUCAACUCCCCUCUACAUUUCGCCACCGCCAAGGGCCACAACGAGAUCGUGACGUUGCUGCUAGAGAAUGGGUCUGACGUGAAUCUGAGAAACUAUUGUGGCCAGACAGCAUUGAUGCAAGCUUGUCGUCACGGUCAUUGGGAGGUGGUGCAGACUCUGCUCAUCUAUGGAAGUAUUCUAUGUGACAAGAAUGGACUAUUUGAACGGUCGGAGUGCCCUGCACUUUACAUAGAAGAUUAUAUUGUGCCUUGUGCAUGUUAGCACUUGCAAUUUACUUGGAAGUUGUUUAAGUGUUACCCUACACAAGAUCAACGACUGAUGCAGAAUAUAAAGGAUGUUGAUAUCUUGGUGCCUUAUCAAAGAGGUGGAAAGAUUGGACUUUUUGAUGGAGCUGGUGUGGGGAAGACUGGAUUUAUUAUGGAACUGAUGAUCAACAAUAUUAGAAAAGGUUGACAUGAAAAAAUCAGCAAGUGAGAAAGAAGAGUCCAAUGAAAUCCUACAAGUUGAAGAUUGUAAUGAGACUUGGGUUUACAAUAAUUAAGUGUAAUCUUACAUGGCAUGAACCAUCAUCAUAAGUUUCUAGUCUUUUGGCUAUUGUUCAUUAGUUAUAAAUAGAGUUUAUUUGUUUAUUUGUAUUGGGAUAAAUUUUAUUUAAACACGAGACAUAUUUCUUCUUUUGUGAUUGUAAUUUUUG